CUCAAGACCAAGUAAUAAGAGAGGGAGGGUGCAAAAGUGACUUUUUUUUUUAAUGUAUUCCACCUGAUCUUCAUCUCUGCUGAUUUAGAGAGUUAGUCUCAAGCAGGUUUCAAACCGAAGCUGACAUGAAGUGUCCAGAGAGAAGACUGCUUUCAGCUUUCCUCCUUUUUCUGCCUCUCCUGUCUGUCAGAUGUCUCUCCAAUCAAAAAUCUACAGUCUCCUGGUGUGUGUUGUCUGAUGCUGAGGAGCAGAAAUGUUUGGAUUUGGCCCGAAAUGCUACAGCCCGGAAUAUAAAAGGAAGUUUGCAGUGUGUCCGUGGCCUAAACACCAGGGACUGUAUAGAAAAAAUCAAGAAUGGGACGGCAGAUGCAGCCUCCAUAUUUGCAGAUGACAUCUAUGCUGCUGGUUUCUGCCAUGGCCUGGAGCUUGCUGCAGGAGAGUCCUACAAUGCUGUAGAUGGUAUCAGCUACUAUGUGGUGGCAAUGGCACGUCGCUCCUCAUCUGACCUCUCCCUGCUAGAGAUGCAUGAGCGCAGCUCCUGUCACCCUGGCAUUCGUACCACAGUGGGGUGGACUGUUCCCAUUGGCUACCUGGUCAACACGUCCCAAAUCAGUGUAGGAGAGCAGUGCAACUUCCCAAGAGUGGUAGGGAACUUCUUCGGCUACAGCUGCGUGCCAGGCGUUAAGGAUCCCCAGCACGAUCCCAGAGGCAACAAUCCAAAGAACCUCUGCGAGGCUUGUAUAGGAGAUGAGAACGACAGGCACAUCUGCGCCAACAACCUCAGAGAGCGGCAUUACGGAGAGUCGGGAGCUCUAAGGUGUGUGGCUGAGAACCUCGGCGACGUGGCUUUUGUGAAACACACGACAAUCUUUGACAAUUUGGAUGGUAAGAACCAGGAGUCCUGGGCCCUGGAUUUGGAAGUGGAGGACCUGAAGCUGCUGUGUCCUGAUGGAACUGAUGCCGGUCUGGAUGAGUACGAACGAUGCCACCUCGCCGCAGUCCCUGCAAAUGCUGUGGUGGUGCGCAUGGAGGACAAGUGCCGUGUCUGGAAAUACCUGGAACGCUUACAGAAUGUGUUUGGCAACGCCACUGAGGGCUUCAACCUGUUCAGCUCAGCAGGCUAUGGCCAAUCCGAUCUGCUGUUCAGUGAUGCCACCCACCACCUGCAGAGAGUUCUAGGUAGCUACACCUCUUGGCUGGGCCCCACUUAUACCACCAUGCUGCAGGCCUUCGAGUGUGAGGGCUUCUGCUGAUGGAAGAGGAGGAAGACAUCCAGCACAUCAUCUUCCACUCCAUCCCACUGUCUCCAUCCUCCCUCCCUGCCAUCUGUGUCCCCCAUCUCACCAUCUUUUCUUCUUUUUGCUUUGCUUUUUAUGGUUUUUUUAUUCCUGCAUUUCACCACCCUAUCUUUAUUAUUAUAUCCUUGCCCUCCUCCAGCUUUUUAUGUCUUCUAAUAUGCUGGCUGGCAGGUUAUGACAAGGUUAAAGAGUGGCUAGUUGCCUGUUAAAACUUUUUUAAAACUUCCCUAAAAUUGAGCAUGUUUUUAAAGGAUACUGGGGGGAAAAGUGUAGAAUUUAAAGGGAUGGGACAGAAAUAGACAACGAUAGCCUAGAAAAGAAGUUAAUGACUGUUGUGGUGCUUUUGUUGUGUCUGAUUAACACAUAUCAAAAAAGUCCUGGUAACUGUUCCAGCCCUGUAUAUUUGUUGGGAAACUGCAUCCUUCUUGGCUUGUUUCAUUAGUCUAGCUUCAGUACCACCCUUUCACCUCCUCCCACAGGGUCUGUCUCUGGCACUGAACAACUGGGUGCUAUUAACUUUGUGCUUAGAAGUCUCAGUUACUGUAUGUGUGUAUGUGUGUGUGUGAGGGAGAGAGAGAGAGAGAGACAGAGAGUACACACUGUUUUCCCACAGCCAUUAAUGCCCUAAUUGGCGCUCUGGCAUAUUAUACUGUAUGUGUGUGUGUGUGUGUGCAUAUGUGCAUGUGGGUGUAUGUUUAUGUGUGUUAGUGUUUAUAGGAUUGCUGCUUUCCCAUGGCUUGUAUAGCUUACUACUUUGGAUCACUGCUUUCUCACGUCUGGUAUGGUGGUCUGGGCUGUGCCAGCUCACAGUGUAUUUUAACACCAUACAAUUAGGAAAGGGGGGGUACUAAGGCUUGGGUUGCCUUCAAUGACCCUUCAGUGAGUCUUAAACAAUUAUUUCCUCAUCUGUGACAACAUUUGCAUCACCCAGAUUCCUCCAAAAUUUGCUCUCUCAAAACCCUUCAAUGUCUCUCCCACUCCUAUCUUUAUUCACAUUAAAAUGACAUUUUUUUUCCCAUAAUGUCUCAUUUAUACUUUAGCAUUGUGACCAGUAGUGAGAUGAUGAUAAUGAUAGGAGGUAAGAGUUACUAACAGGAGGGUGUUCAAGCCUGGGGCUAAGUUAGUCAGUUCUAUAUUUAAUCUUAUUAAAAAACAAAAAACA